UCGGCAGUAGGUGCGCCUUUGACCGUCCAAUCAGCUCCAGCUUUACCCAGAUAAUUGAGGCACCCCAAAAUACCGAAGAAGUCCAGCCCGGCCGGAGCCCCGCACUUUCUGGUCGGAGGGCGCUGCGGCAGGUUCACACCGGAGUCACUUCAGGGUUCCUCCCGAUAAACCCGCUUCACAGUCACGGUGCGACAUCUCGCUACCCGCUCUAACCACAGCAAACACAGGACUGUUCAGGCCGGACCAUGAGAGUCUCCGUGCUCAUGACGAUGGGGCUGGUGGCCCUGCUCGGGACCGGUCGGUUCUUCGCAGCUGGAGACAACAGCGACGGGCCCAGUGCCUUGGAGGAGGAACUGGAACAUCUGUUGGAGGAACUGGACGGGCCCAGCACCUUGAAGGAGGAACUGGACGGGUCCAGCACCUUGGAGGAGGAACUAGACAGGUCCAGCACCUUGGAGGAGGAACUGGACGGGUCCAGCACCUUGGAGGAGGAACUGGACGGGUCCAGCACCUUGGAGGAGGAACUGGACCAAGUGUUGGAGGAACUGGCUGUCGUCCAGAAGGAGUUGGAGUCGAAAGUUGGAGACAACAGCGCUGGUCCCAACACCCUGGAGGAUGAACUGGGUUAUGACGCUAUCGUGCAGAGGGAGCUGGAGUUGAAAGACGAUGACAUCAAAAUGGCGGAAGAUGGAGAUGAAAUGUCCCGACUACCCGCCUCAGCUCUGCACGUGGGACGCCAGGUUAACAAAUGGGGCUACCCGGACUCCUGGUUUAAGAACGUCCACGCUUCCCAGCCCUACGGGGGAUACGGCGGGGAACCUUUCAGCGACCGGAGUUACGAGCAGGACCGAAUCGUCACGAUCAGCGUGUGGACCGGGAAUCCGGAUUAUAUUCAUGCGUAA